AUCCGUUCCUCAUCUCACCAGAAGCGAAGCCGGAGGAGGGAGGAAGGAGAUCGCGAGCAGCCGGAGCCGGAGGCCGAGAGGAUGAAGACGUUCGACCCGUGGCCGGUCUUCUUCCGCCGGGAGUGGAAGCGCAACUGGCCCUUUCUCACGGGGUUCGCCAUCACCGGCUUCAUCAUCACCAAGAUGACGGCCAACUUCACCGAGGAAGACCUCAAGAACUCCAAGUUCGUCCAGGAACACAAGAAGCGCUGACCAACCGGGUGGAGUCGUCCGAAUCGCCUGCGGAUGAAAAAUUAGCCCCCUAUUUUUCUUGUCUUUUUUUUAUCUAGAUGCGUGCACUCUAUUGUAAUAAUGUAAUAAGAGGCAAUUGGAUUGAUCCAACAGCAACCGGCUUCUGAUUUUGAUCCGCUUCGCUGACAUAUGCAUGCAGCAAAC